GUUACUAUGAAGUAAUAGCUCCCUAGACAACCCAAUUCGGUACUUCAUGUUGUUGUUUUUAAGUCUGGUGAUGCCCAUAUUUUCUAGCUGAUCUAGAUUCUCACGAGGUUGACGGGGUGGUAUAUCAUAAGACUGAAGCUCACGUCGGGACGAUAGCAUUUUCCAGCUGUUUUGGUUUUUGUUGUUUACUUUACAAAAUGCAUUUCCUCGGCGCGGCUGUGAGCGCGGUUCUUGCCGUUCGUGGAGUCGUUGCUCUGGCAGUGGCCAAUACUACUGCAACCAACAGUGCCAUCGCAGACGACACGACUGCUAAUACCAGUUCUGAUGGCUUGGUGGCUUCCUCAACAGCUUCGUAUGGUAUCAAACCAAAGGUCGUGAUAAUCAGCCAUUUUGGGCUGGAGGCAUCCGUUUGGUAUGGCAUCAAAGACUUCGAUGUCCUUGCGCGCAACAUAACAGUGCCUGGAUUUUCACCGAGAUACCCUCAGGCGCAUUGCACUCUGAAUGGCGAAAUUUGCCAAGUUACAACGGGUGAAGCGGAGAUCAACGCUGCUUCAACGAUAUCGGCUCUUGCCCUCAGUCCCUUGUUCGACCUGACCACCUCAUACUUCCUCGUCGCUGGUAUUGCCGGUAUAAACCCCCAACGAGGCUCCACCGGCUCCGUAGGAUUUGCGCGCUUUGCCGUCCAAGUUGCCCAACAAUACGAAUUCGACAUCCGCGAUCUAGGAGAUAACUUCACCACCGGCUACAUUCCGUACGGAACGCAAGUCCCAGCUCCCGCACAAUACCCCACCAAUGUAUACGGCACCGAAGUCUUCGAAGUCAAUGCUUCCCUUCAAAAACUAGCCAUUGCAUUGGCAUCCAAAGCUAAACUCUCUGACGACCCAGCCGCUGCAGCGUAUCGUCAGAAAUAUCAAUUCGCCGCUGCCAAGAAGGCUCCUUCAGUUCUCGCAUGCGAUGUCAGCACAUCUGACAACUACUUCCAUGGCAAGAUCCUCGGAGAUGCGGCGGCGAACUUCACUACCUUGAUGACUGAUGGCAAAGGCGUAUACUGCACCACAGCUCAAGAAGACAACGCCACCCUCGGUGCUCUCCUCCGCGCCGCCAAGGCAAAGAAAGUCGAUUUCAAGCGCGCGAUCGUUAUGCGGACAGGUGCUGCGUUCGACCGGCCGCCACCAGGAGAAAGUGCAUUCCAGCAUCUAUUCUACACGGACGUAGACGGGUUCGGACCCAGCGUGGACAACAUCUACCUCGCUGGGAUCCAGGUCGUCAAGGGAAUCUUGCGCGACUGGGCACCGACGUACAAGGCUGGAGUCCAGCCGACGAACUAUGUCGGAGAUAUCUUUGGAAGUCUAGGCGGCGUGCCAGAUUUUGGACCCUAUCCUAACUUUGGAGAGGCAUGAGGAGCUGCAUAGAGGGCAUGAAGAACUUGAUGCAUGAACCGCAUAUACUAGAUAUACACAGUAUACAUUAAUAGUAAUACAUAGUAGCUACAUUUGGCAGCAGCU